AGAGAGAGAGAGAGAGAGAACGGAGAGGAGGGAGGCAGGGAGGGAGACCAAACCCCCGCUUUACUGCGUUGAAAGCCUCUGAAUUUCAAGCAGAAAGUAGAAGGAGCCCCAUACGGCAAUGAGCGUCUUUCCUUGGGCUGCGUGUGCACAGCGUAGACAAUGAAAGUCUCCAUCCCCCUCCCCCAUUCCCGCUAGGCUAGAGAUUCUUGUUUUCGUUCCUUCUCCACGGUGGAAGACGUGUUCAAUCAAAUAUAUAGAGAUGUGUUGAUUUUUAAACAAACAAACAAACAAACGGGCCGAGAUGCGGAUUACCCAAAGGCGCGCCGGCUGGGCGCGUUCUGGGGUCUCUGCAUUAAGACCGGCUCUCCGCGCUCUCUCCCUUCCUCGGACGCUGGAGCAGGAGCGGGCCUUUCCCUUGGGCAGACGGCGCCGUAGGGGACGCCGUGAAAAGAGCCGCUGCGCCCGCUGCCUCCAGCCCGCUGCGCAGAGGGCUCCGCCCGUAGAGGUCAACUCCCCUCGUCCCUUCCUCUCUCCUGCUCGCCCUCCCUCCGCCCGGCCCAGGCGCUGCCAGCCUCCCGACUCUUGCCGCAGUCUGAGAAGUGCGCGUCCGCCGCGCUGCCCUGAACUGAACCCCGAACCGGGCCCAGACCCGAGGUCGGCGCUCCCAGGCAGUGAGGAAGCCUUAGCGAGCAGCCUUUUCUCUCUGCAGCAAAACUAUAGCCAGACCAGAUGGGCCGCCCAGCUCUCUCGGGACUAGGCAGGUGCGGUUGAGUUAAUUUUUCCGCAUUACAAAGAAAGAUGACCCAGGCCGCCCUUGGACUCUCAUCUAUUCCCAAAAUCUCGCAACCAAAACCGCGGUAACGUAAUCAGAGGACACAGAGAACAGGCAUAUCUAUGUGUGUCUCUUACUAGCACACACGCGUGCUUAUUUUCCCUUCUGUAUGCUAGAUUUCAUCCCCGACAGCAAGAAAUGAUUGGCAAAGGUUUCUGCAGCAGAACACGCAAUGGCGCGGUCCUUAAAAACCUGCCAUUCCUUACAAGUGCCUUAGUAGGGAUUCGGGGCGAACCAACUGGGUUAAUUGCCUCCAGUAAAAUAACACGAUUACAAAAUUA